GGUCGCAUCGCUCCCGGUCCGACGUUGGCGCUGUCGCCGCGCGGGAGAGUGUCCCCGAACGAAGCGCGCCGCGAGGUGACAGCGGGCGCCUGGCGGGGCGCGGACGGGGCCAGGGCGCCCGGGCGCGUCCCCUCCGUCCCCCCCGCCCGGCCCGGCGCUCGGCGCCGCCCGGUUGCUAGGCAGCCGCGUCCGGGCGCGGGAGGCGGGGCGGCUGGCGGGGAGCGGGGUCGGGGUCCCGGGCCGCGCGCGAUGGAGCAGUACUGCAUCCUGGGCCGCAUCGGGGAGGGCGCGCACGGCAUCGUCUUCAAGGCCAAGCACGUGGAGACUGGAGAGAUCGUUGCCCUCAAGAAGGUGGCCCUGCGGCGGCUGGAGGACGGCAUCCCCAACCAGGCCCUGCGGGAGAUCAAGGCCCUGCAGGAGAUCGAGGACAGUCAGUAUGUGGUGCAGCUGAAGGCCGUGUUCCCACAUGGCGCAGGCUUCGUGCUGGCCUUCGAGUUCAUGCUGUCUGAUCUGGCCGAGGUGGUGCGCCAUGCCCAGAGGCCACUGGCCCAGGCGCAGGUCAAGAGCUACCUACAGAUGCUGCUCAAGGGUGUCGCCUUCUGCCACGCCAACAACAUUGUGCAUCGAGACCUGAAACCAGCCAACCUGCUCAUCAGUGCCUCAGGCCAGCUAAAGAUAGCAGACUUUGGUCUGGCCCGGGUCUUUUCCCCAGACAGCAGCCGCCUCUACACACACCAGGUGGCCACCAGGAGAUCACGGAGCUGCCCGACUACAACAAGAUCUCCUUCAAGGAGCAGGCGCCUGUGCCCCUGGAGGAGGUGCUGCCCGACGCCUCUCCUCAGGCCCUGGACCUGCUGGGGCAAUUCCUUCUAUACCCUCCAUGCCGGCGCAUCUCGGCCUCCCAGGCUGUCCUACACCAGUACUUCUUCACAGCCCCCCUGCCUGCCCACCCCUCAGAGCUGCCGAUUCCCCAGCGCCCAGAGGGGCCUGCACCCAAGGCCCACUCGGGGCCCCCCCACGUCCAUGACUUCCACGUGGACCGGCCUCUUGAGGAGUCGCUGUUGAAUCCAGAGCUGAUUCGGCCCUUCAUCCCGGAGGGCUGAGAUGCUGGGCUAGGCCCCACCAGCCUGCCCCUAGGACCAUCCGGGCCUCUUGUUCCUCUGCUCCAGCCUGAUUCGACCUCCUCCAUAGCUACCCCGUGGCCACACAGGACCCACUUCAUACCUGGUUCUGCUCCCAGCCAGGCGACGAGGUCGUCCAGCCCCAGCAGAGGAGACCCAGGCCAUGUGUCGGCCUCCCAUCUGUGUGCUAACUAACCCCCCAGAGACGGGAGCUCCAUUGCCGAGCCCGCCGUGGUACUGCUUCUCCAGGUGCUGGCUUCCUGGUCAGGGCCUGUCCUGGUGGAGCCAUCGGGGCAUUGCAGUGUCAUGUCCUCGUGUCGGAAAUGUAAGCAGGAAGGGAGGUUUUGUUUGGUUUUGUUCUCAGAGACAUUAAACACUAGUUCAGUUUUGA